UUGAGUGAAAAGUACGGAAAAUUGAAAUUUAAACAAAAAAAACCUUAAAAACUCUAUAUUCUGCUAGGAAAAACUGUGAUAUAAAUAAAUUUUUUGUAUAAAUCUUUACAAAGCACAUAAAAAAUGUCCACAAAAUAUGAUGCAAUUAAACAAUACGAGAGCGAUUCUGACGAUGAAGACUAUAAUGUUGAUUUUGAUGACAGCAAAUUGCCGCCAAUUGAGGUUCCCGUCGGUGAUCACAAAUUACAACAUUGCUAUAAUCUCUGGUAUGCAAGGAAAGGCAGUCAUCGAGCUUCUGAAUAUUCUAAAUCACUUCAUUUUAUCGGUCGUUGUGGGUCCGUCGAGCAAUGGUGGAGUCUUUAUUGUCACUUGUUAAGACCAACAGAACUAAAGCCUUAUCGUAAGCUUCAUCUAUUUAAGGCGGGUAUCAAACCAAUGUGGGAAGAUCCCGAGAACAUAAAAGGUGGUAAAUGGAUUCUUCGAUUGAGAAAGAAUAAGGUGAAUCGAGCAUGGGAGAAUGUCUGUAUGGCAAUGCUGGGCGAACAAUUUCUCGUUGGACCUGAAAUAUGUGGCAUAGUCUUAUCAACUCAAUAUCCUGAGGAUUUAUUAUCCGUUUGGAAUCGAACGGCUAUAGAUGUUGGGAGUACAAAUCGAAUAAGGGACGUGCUCAAACGAAUUCUCAAUCUUCCUGCCAAUUUUCCCAUUGAGUACAAGCCACAUUCAGACUCUUUAAAGGCAACUAAAGUAUUGAUGAGCAAAUCUCAAAAUCAAAAAGAUGAAUAAAAUCUAUAACUCCCCACCCAACAAAAAUCAUCCAUAAAUUACGGCAAUUUGCUGCGGAAAAAAAUUUAGCCCAAUGAUUAAAUCUGGACAUCUUUUUUCACACAUAAGUUUCUAUUACAAACUCAACAACAAACAAAAGUUAAAACGGGAAUAUUGAGAGGGAGGAAGACAGCAAUCUAACAUGAACGGAGAGAAUAUGUCAUGUGGAUAGUUUUUUCUAAUGCAGU